ACAAGAUUGAUUCCACAUAUACGCAAGGAAAUAAGUGUCUAUGGAGGACAGAGCCUUACCCUGAAGUCUGUUCGAGUGAGGAAGAAGAUGACCGCUUUCCUGCUCAUACUUCUCUCAGUAAUUCUCUCCAGGCAAAGCAUAGUUGCUAACUCGGCUGCACUGUACGCCUUCGGAGACUCCACCACCGAUGUCGGCAACAAUAACUUCUUGCCCGGUGCGCCAAAGGCCAACUUCCUUCCUUAUGGAAUCGACUAUCCCGGUAGAAUUCCGACCGGCAGGUUCACCAAUGGCUUCAACUCCGUCGACUACGUAGCCCAAGCCAUGGGGCUUGCGACGAGCCCCCCACCGUUCCUCGCUGUCUCCAGCGGCGUGCAGAUGACGAAAGGCGUGAAUUUUGCGUCCGCCGGAGCAGGAAUCCUCGACAGCACAGGACGAGGUGUCAUCUCCUUGUCGGCACAGAUCAGGGAUUUCGAGAGGGUCGCUUCGGAGCUAAGAGCAAGAAUGGGAAACCAGACCGCUUCCGCCUUCUUGGCCGAGUCUCUCUUCUUCUUCAGGGUAGGGAGCAACGAUCUCUUUCUCCAGUCUUCCUUCGGCCGUCCCAAGGAUCAAAUCGUCGCCAUCGUCAUCAGCAAGUUCAGAGAUCAGCUCAAGACACUAUACGAUCUCGGAGCGCGCAAGUUUGCAGUCAUAGGAACGGGAUUGAUCGGAUGUACGCCGGACCGUAGGAGCUCGACUCCUUCAGGGGACUGCAACCAGGAUCUAAAUGAUCUCUCUCUGCGCUUCAAAACUGCGACCAAGGCUCUGCUGGAGGAGCUCAGCAUCUCUUUACAGGGAUUCAAGUACUCCUUUGGGGAUCUGUACGAGAUUACUGCUCGAGUCUUCUCCAACCCCCUCGCCUUCGGGUUCACGGAGGUGAAAGCUGCAUGCUGCUCGCCAUGCACGGCGAGCUCCACAUACUGCAGAGACCGCGGGCAGUACUUCUUCUGGGAUGGCGUUCACUCCACCCAAGCCGCAUACAAAGUGACAGUUGAAAUGUCAUUUCGGGGGACGCCAUUGUUUGCCAGCCCCAUCAACAUGGAGACGUUGGUGAACACAACUUGAGCAAUGGGCUUCAUAUUGCAGAGUGCUCUGCAUGAUCUGAACACAAUCAUGGCUUCUGAAUCGUACUCUUCUUUCAAUAAAAGGAUCCUAAAUUGCUUAUCUGUGAACUUCAAUCCAAAAUGAAAUCUAAACAAUUUAAUCGCCA